UUAGUUUGAAUGUGAAUCGGCGCGUGAGGUCUUCCUCCAGGCUGCAGUCAGUCUGUGUGCUGCAUGUCUCUCGAGGGGGAGAAUGCAGCUGCAGGAGUCCAAGCAGCAUCUCACUUUGACAACAGUAGCCGAGUAGCUGCUGUAGAAAACAAACGGUAUAGUUACCACUAGCCAUUCCUUUAUCUAUUCAAACACGGACCGUCGAGCAGCGAACUUGUGAAUCUGUUAUGCGUCGAGCUCAUUUGAAGAGCUAGCAGGCUGGCUAGCUAACCCAGCUAGCUCGUAGCUCGUCAACUCUCGCCACAUGUCGCAUGACGUUUCCGUCCUCUUCGCCUCCUCUCGGACACACAUGUCAGUAUGGCCCGUAGGAACGAAGUAUUUCAAUCAAAAGUACUCCAGAAGCUUUACCCUGCAGCGGAACCCAGCCCACCACGCAUAGUCGAUGCGCUAUCCAGAAAAACCCAUGUGAAAAGGAAAGCCUCUCAACAAUACACUGCCGUUGGAGAUGCAGGGACGACACAGAGUGCAGCCAAUCCGGGCACGCGGAUGUACACAGUCCUACCGCCUCCUGCAGACUACAAGACGGAUGCAGAGAGAUCCGUCACACUCCCCCAGUUAGAAAGCAUAAAUAGUGCAGAGGACCCAGCUGAGGGGAGUGUCAAUGAUGGCAACGGAGAACUAGAACAAGGCAAAGGGGAAGAAGAACAGACAAGAAAAAGAAAGAGACGGAAAAGGAAACCAGCCCUCCACCAAGACUGUGGGAAAGAUGGAGCAGCUCAAGUGAGUGAGUCCAGGACAGGGCAGAGUCGGGCACCUGUGGACGAGGGAGGAGAGCGCAUAAGCAGGAACAAGAAGAGGAAGCUGAAGAAGAAACGGCACAAAGAGAAGCUGCUCGCCAUGGGUCUGAUGCCCCGGGCCACUGCACUGGAGUUUACCUACCGGAAAGAUGAUGAGGAGGAAGAAGAAGAAGAAGAAGAAGAGGAGGAGAAGGAGGAUAACAACGAGAGGAGAGCUGCUGAGGUGUCAGACUUCCUCAGGACAACAAUGGAAAUCUAUAUGUCAGAUUCCUCUUUGCGUGCAGACGAGAGCCCGCUCCUGUCUAGGACGGUGAAUGACCUUCUGAGCGGCAUCGCCAGCGGAUGCCACCCCCCCUCUGUCCUGAAGCAGCUCCACGGUCUCAAGGCCUUUGUUCAGCAGCAGCAGAGAGACAAACUGGAACAGGCACUGGGGGAUCUCUUCAACACUUCUCCCAUGUCUGCAGAAGAAACCACCGCAGUCGUUUCACUGUUCCAAUACUGGAUCACAGACAUUCUUCCCAUGCAGGGUGACAAGAAGACGGGGCUUUCUAAGACGCACCCGUGAGACAGUGAGUCACUCCGAAACCGAGACGCUCCUGAAUAAUUAGUAUUUCCAUUGCUCCAUCACUUUUUUAAAAUGUUGUACUUGUAUACUUCACAAUGUUGGACCUAACAUGAUGCUGAAUAAAAUAUUUUGAUCCAU